AUGUUCCUCCUCUCCAGGAUCAAGUGUCUAAAUGGAGGGUCAGGGCCCGACAAGGACACCCUGUUGAAGGAACAAUUUGUGGAGAACUUAGGGGAUGCCAAUUUGUGUUGCAAUGUCAAGAGCUGGACCGGGGACCCGCCAGAAUCCACAUUCCAAUGUGUCCACCUUGAGGUUCACAGGUACUUGGAGGAGGAUCACAUUCCAAGGCAGUUGGUGACAUCAAGAGCAAUCGAAGUAGAAGAUGAGCUGGUGAGCAGCAAAGUGGCUGGCCUGGGGAAACAACCCAAAUUCCUGUCUGACCUUAUCUCUGGGCAGAAUAUACUUGCAGAAGAGAUGAAGAAACAGUAAGAGACUCUGACGUCCUACAUCAACUAGCAGCAGCAGGUGCUCAACCACCUACAGGACACCCUAAACCUCCUGCUAGCUACCUUGAUACUGAAAAAAUGACCCACCUGUUGUUUCUAGUAUGGCCAGGAUGGUCACUUUGUUUGUGACUGCAUGUAUCCAGGACCAGUCAGCAGUCAAGGGGUACAACCCACUCAAAAGAAGCCUAUGGGAAACGGAACAACUCCAUCACAGUGAGUCCAGUGGUGGAGGAGAUCAACAGUGGCUCACCCCUUCCCAGGAUUUUUGGUGGGACACCAACAACCAGAGCAAAGUUGGCAGGUGUGGAGGUCAAGUGCCUGGUCCACACUAGCUCCAUGGUAAUCCUGGUAUCAGAAAAUUUCUUUGAGGAGAAACUCAAGCCUAUAUGCAGUAGAGCUCAAGGCAAGGGUAAGUUGCUUACUCUUCUAGGAGCAAACAGCCUUGAGAUUCCAUAUCUUGGUUACCUGGAGCUGGACAUGCAAGUAGAAGGUGUGAUAGUUCCUGAUUGCAGAGUGCUGGUCCUCAAAGACACAGUGGCCACUAUUCAGUAUAGGAAGAGGAUGCCUAGCGUCUUGAGGAUGAAUGUACUUGUAAAAAUUUUGACAUGGGCAGAGCUGCUGAAGAUGAAGAGAGCUGCAGGUACUUCAUGGAAUUGUGACCAUAAAAGCAAGCAAGUGGAGGCUGGUGAAGGUUGCUGGCAACAGUGCUGUUUGGGUCCCACCACACUCAGCAUCAAACAUUGA